UUGCCGAAGCUUCAGCAGACGUCUCUCUAAAACCUUAUCUUUGCUCACUCUUCUCCGCCAUGGCCGCCUUCUCCGUCAACGGGCAGCUCAUCCCAGCAGCGGCAACAAGCUCCACCACCCCUAAUUCUAUCUAUCCCCGUAGGAAAUUUCGAGCUCCUUCCUCUUCUCGCCUUCCCCGGAUCUCCUCACCAUCUCCUCGCGUUCCAUCCAUAAAAUGCAGCAGCAGCUUACCUAGCCGCGAUACAGAACCCUCCCCAAAGGACUUUCUCCUUAAAUCCCUAGCCAAACCUCUCGCCGUAGCCUCUGUCUCCUCGGCCGCUUCCUUCUUUCUAUUCCGAAUCUCGAAUCUUCCGUCGUUACUAAGCGGCGGUGGAGGAGGAGGAGGCGAUGGAAACUUCGGCGGAUUCGGUGGUGGAGGCGGCGGAGGAGAUGGAGACGACGGUGGAUUUUGGGGGAAACUGUUUUCUCCGGCGCCUGCAGUCGCUGAUGAAGAACAGUCACCGGAUUGGGAUUCGCACGGCUUACCGGGGAACAUCGUGGUUCAAUUGAACAAGUUAAGUGGUUUCAAGAAGUACAAAGUCUCCGACAUUGUGUUCUUUGACCGGAGGAGACAAACCUCGAUCGGCACUGAAGACUCCUUCUUCGAGAUGGUAUCGAUCCGUCCAGGCGGAGUCUACACCAAAGCUCAGCUCCAGAAGGAGCUCGAAACCCUAGCUACCUGCGGGAUGUUCGAGAAAGUCGAUUUAGAAGGGAAAACUAAACCCGACGGAACCCUUGGAGUCACCAUCUCCUUCGCGGAGAGCACGUGGCAGUCCGCUGAUAGGUUCAGGUGUAUCAACGUGGGGCUGAUGGUGCAGUCAAAGCCGAUUGAGAUGGAUACAGACAUGACUGAUAAAGAGAAGCUUGAGUAUUACAGGAGCCUUGAGAAGGAUUACAAGAGAAGAAUUGAUAGGGCUAGGCCGUGUUUGUUGCCUGCACCUGUGUAUGGAGAGGUGAUGCAGAUGCUGAGGGAUCAAGGGAAAGUCAGUGCCAGGCUGUUGCAGAAGAUUAGAGAUCGUGUUCAGAAAUGGUACCAUGAUGAAGGGUAUGCCUGUGCUCAGGUUGUGAAUUUUGGGAAUUUGAAUACUAAGGAGGUUGUUUGUGAAGUUGUGGAGGGAGACAUCACUCAGCUUGUUAUUCAGUAUCAAGAUAAGCUUGGUAAUGUGGUUGAAGGUAACACUCAAGUUCCUGUCGUGCGCAGGGAGUUGCCCAAGCAGCUUCGCCAAGGCUAUGUUUUUAACAUUGAAGCUGGGAAGCAAGCUCUGAGGAACAUCAACUCACUAGGGCUCUUCUCCAACAUUGAAGUGAAUCCACGCCCAGAUGAGAAAAACGAAGGGGGCAUUAUCGUUGAGAUCAAACUGAAAGAGCUCGAACAGAAGUCAGCUGAAGUUAGUACCGAGUGGAGUAUAGUUCCUGGCCGUGGAGGAGCUCCCACGUUGGCUUCAUUCCAACCAGGUGGGUCUGUUACGUUCGAACAUCGAAACAUCCAGGGUCUUAACAGGUCUCUUAUGGGUUCAGUGACCACUAGCAACUUCUUGAAUCCUCAGGAUGAUCUUUCGUUUAAGAUGGAGUAUGUACACCCAUAUCUGGACGGUGUUUACAAUCCUCGUAACCGUACAUUCAAAACAAGCUGCUUCAACAGCCGCAAACUUAGCCCAGUGUUCACUGGAGGACCAGGUGUUGAGGAAGUGCCACCAAUUUGGGUCGAUCGAGCUGGUGUGAAAGCUAACAUAACUGAGAACUUCACCCGUCAGAGUAAGUUUACAUAUGGACUUGUGAUGGAGGAGAUAACAACUCGAGAUGAAAGCAGUCACAUCGCUGCAAAUGGUCAGAGACUACUACCUAGUGGAGGAAUCAGCGCUGAUGGACCUCCUACAACUCUCAGUGGUACGGGUAUUGACCGGAUGGCCUUUCUACAAGCCAACAUCACCCGUGACAAUACCAAGUUUGUCAAUGGGGCUGUUGUUGGAGAGAGGAACGUGUUUCAGGUGGAUCAAGGGUUGGGAAUUGGAAGCAAAUUCCCUUUCUUCAACCGCCACCAAUUGACCUUGACAAGAUUCAUUCAGCUGCAGCAAGUAGAAGAAGGUGCUGGGAAGCCACCGCCACCGGUUCUAGUCCUCCACGGACAUUACGGUGGCUGUGUUGGUGACCUUCCGAGCUACGACGCCUUUGUUCUUGGAGGUCCAUAUUCCGUCCGUGGCUACAACAUGGGCGAGCUCGGUGCUGCGAGAAACAUCCUUGAGCUUGGUGCUGAGAUUAGAGUACCUGUGAAGAACACGCAUGUCUAUGCAUUUGCUGAGCAUGGAAAUGAUCUGGGAAGCUCCAAGGACGUGAAGGGCAACCCAACCGCAGUCUACAGGAGGAUGGGACAAGGUUCAUCAUACGGUGUCGGAGUGAAGCUGGGUUUGGUACGAGCUGAGUAUGCUGUAGAUCACAACAAUGGAACUGGUGCUCUGUUUUUCCGUUUUGGAGAGAGAUAUUAAGAUAACGAGAAGUAAGUUCGUGUAACCCACUUCAGGCUUACCUUUUCCCUAUUUGUUCAAGUCCUUCUGCAAUUGUUCUCUCUCUUUUUGUUUCCUUUCAAAUAAUCUGGUUGAUGUUAGUGUUUUGUUUGCGUUGUUGAGUUAUGCGGAUAAUCGGGAUAGAGUUUCUGUUCCUUAACUUCCAUUGUUUAAAAUUUAUACAAGUGAGAGACUGCGUUGAGCUUCUUUA